GCAGGACUGGCAGGCUGUUAGUCAGACGGAGGAGGAAAGGAGAGAGAGAGAGAGUAUGUGAGAGAGCAAGAGAGAGAGGGAGAGAGAGAAAGAGAAGCAGUGAGGGUGGAUAGCGCGCACAGUGGUGAUAACACUAUCUAUCUAUCUAUCCAAAUGACGAGAGUCGCUUUCACGCGCUCCACUCAUCACGCGCGUCCGUGAAGUGAUGUUUCAUUCCUCACUCUUCUUGUUUGUUUUUUUCUCGCGUCACUAAUUUAUCUGAGCUGUAAAAAGAUUGCGAGAACUAUCGAAGAGCUUCUUCAGCCGAUGUAGGACAUGGUUUUGCGCCACGGAAAUCUCGAUGUUUUAGCUUGCGUUUUUGCCUGCGCUCGGUCUCAUAACAAUGUAGAGAAAGUGCGCGGUGACCGCGAGCGCAGCGCACGGGCGAUGUUGACGCUGUCACCUUGCCGUCUGGUUCCCAUAGCUUCUUGACUUUUUUUUUUUUUCCAGUGGAGUAUAAUCAAGACGAACUUGUGAAUGUAAAAGAAGGCGGCUGUUGAGAAGCGACUGAACCGUCCAGCUGCCCACGCUGCAGCUGGGUCGCUCUGCACAUCCGUGCGCACUUCUGAGGAGAAAAACGGCGAGCAACUAAAAAAGGGGACAAGACGCGUCCUUGUUUUUCGUGAAUAUUUCGCCCAGUCCUCGUUUGGUGCGCUCUGGAGAGACGUGGAGCUAUUUCAAGCUUUCGGUUUCUCGGGAUAUAUAACAUUAGAAUGCUAGCAUCCGUAACAUUUGGAGUAAGGUGUCUAACUUAAGGUGACCAUUACGCUCUAGCGUCGACGUUUGUUGGAACGCAUAAAUGGACGAAUACCAAGAGGACUGAUUCGGAAUUGUUGUCUGGAAAAAUGUGGCUGAAACGGUGUGUCACACGCAGUUCCAUGGUUGCUUGGAGACCUGGAGGAAUGCUGGGAUGUAGAAUGUGGAUCCUCUUCAUCCUUGUCCAUCUCACAAUGGAUCUGUCUCUGUGUGCACCAGCAGGCCAAGGGCUCACCCUCAAACUACUGCCCAGAUCAGUGCCCCGCUGGCAGCCGCACCCUCUGCCCACUCGGGACACGCUUACCGGCCAGCACUUGAGGACUCUGGGUGUCUUGCAUCGUGGCAUUCCCCCUCCCUUGCCAUCACUAGGCAAUCACGGGGAGCUGGGGGGCACCAAACUGUGGGGGCGGAAAAACCGCAGGUCACUCCAAAAACAACAACUUUGCGCGGAGUGCCCCUCUGACAAAGGGAAGUCGGUUGCAUUACCAGAGUGGAGUAAAUCUGAUUUAAAUCUGCAUUUAUCUCGCUCACGGAGGCAGCUGAAAGGGGACGGCUAUGACUCCCUGGAGGGGAGGACCACCACAGUGGCAGGAUUUAUAGACUGGGGCCCUACAGGGGCUGACGAGGGGCAUGAGGAGGAGGCGAAAGUGACCCCGAAUGCCACCAUCACCUCUUUAGCCCCUUCCACCACCACAGUUACCGUAACUAGCACUACCACACGCAGCCCCCAAAGGACGUAUGCGGUGAUUACAACCGCGCAUCCUAAGAGGCACAGCACCACACAGCCAAGCAACUCCAGAGUGACUGCCAAACCACCGAAACCUUUUGGGGACACACCAGGUCUGGCUGUUCACCAGAUCAUCACCAUCACUGUGUCCCUCAUCAUGAUCGUUGCAGCCUUGAUCACUACUCUAGUCCUUAAAAACUGCUGUGCGCAGUCCGGGAAUGGCCGACACAGCAGCCAUCAGAGAAAGAUCAACCAGCAAGAGGAGAGCUGUCAAAACCUGACUGACUUCACGCCUGCCCGCGUGCCCAGUAAGGUGGACAUCUUCACUGCCUACAACGACAGUUUACAGUGCUCGCACGAGUGUGUGCGGGCCGGCAUACCGGUGUACACGGACGAGAUGAUUCAGCACACACCCAUCUACAAGACCUCCUACAAUGGAAACAGACCAUCGCCCACUGAAAGGCAGCUAAUCCCUGUGGCCUUUGUGUCUGAGAAAUGGUUCGAGAUCUCCUGUUGAGGCCCUUUUACUACCUUUGGGUUGAGCCCACGUCUUCAAUUUGUGCCCUGGAUCUCAUUGGAAAACCUGUGAAUCAAACACAAAAGACUAUAACACAAUAAAGCAAAACAAAACCACAAGAACAACAACGACAAGCAAUUACAGAGACGGGAAGCGAGACGAACAGGCAGUUUUGUACAAAUGUCGGAUCUCUCUAGAAGCGGACUGAAGAUGUUUAUUUUUCUAGACUGAUGCAGUGCUAUGGAUACCACUCCCAAAUUAUUUUCCAUAGACAUGUGAUCAUUUUAGAGAUGAUAUACCUAGAGCUGAUAUAUUAUAUACGUGUAUUACUGCACAUGUGGGUGUGCUGGAGAGGAGAGGCUGCGGGGACGCUCUCUGACGAUACGUCUGCUUGUGUGGAGAAAAGACUCUCCUGAACUUUGUGCCAAUAAUGCCAUUAUGUGCCACUACAUAUAUAGAUGGGACGUGUUCAGUUUUGUGGAAAAUUACAGACACAUCAAGUAAUUUCAGUGACUGUCUCCCAAUAUAAAUCUGUCAUCCGUUUUUGUAUAAAAAGUAUGAAUAUGUAUUUGAAAUAUGUUUUGAAAUAGCUGAGGAAAUGUGUUACAAAUGUCCAAAAAAUAUUUAUAUGGGCACUAUUCAUUUAGAGAAAAAAAAAAAUGAACCCAGUGAGGAAUAGUAUACCCAGGUUUUAAUUUCACUACAUUGUUACUAGGCCCCGUUUUAAAGGAAUAGUCUCUAUUUUUAUACAAACGAGGUUACUUAUGAGUCAGGCAGACCCAAUUCAACUGGACUCUUGGGACUGUUAAUCUGCGAGCGGAGGUUCAAUGAAAAGUUGAAAUGUUUUUAAAGCUAUCAAACAAUGUGGAAGCCAGAUUCAGUAUUCAUUUACAGCUUAUUUGAUUUGCCAAAGCCAUGCUUCAGACGCGUGUUGAGUUUCCUUUUCUUUUCUUUUUUUUAUCACUGAUGAGAAAUUACAUGUAUGGGUUAAUCAUGUUUACGGACUCACAGACCCUCAGAGAGGUGUUUGAUAACAACUGUUAGUUUGUGGGUCGAGCCUAAAUAACACAAUUAUCUAUUAAAACAUUACAAAAUAGGUAAUAUAAACCUCCUCUAGGUUUUAAUUACAAAGCUUAAUUUGAAUAAAUCACCAGACAAUUAUCAGCCUCGUGCAUAGACUCAUAAAGGACAAAAUAUUGUGUUACUUUAUUUUCGUGCCUAGUAAUUUGUGCCAACUUGAUUUCAUUUGCGUUUACUUACUAACAAAACCAUGAAUGUCCCUUUCAUUGUGUGCUAUGUUUUAAUUUAAGCUAAUAGUUUAUUAUUUAUCGUUUUUCACAGUUUGAUUUAUUAGAGCAGAACUGACUCAGAGGCAGUAGAACUGCAGUAAUAUACAAACAGCAUGAAACUUGUCAAUCAGUUUCAUUUAUUGAUAAAGUCAGCAGGAAUAAAUGACACUUUGGAUUAGUGUGUUAGUGAGUGAGUGAGUGAGUGAGUGAGUGUCUGUGUGUGUGUGUGUGUGUGUGUGUGUCUCAUGACCAAAGAGCUCCGCUGUGGGAAACAGUGCAUGAACAGACCAGGACAGUUAUUCUGUACAUGACGAGUAAAGAAAAUAAGAGAGAGGAUAACUGUUAUUUUAUCCCAAAACAGAUGUUUAAUGCUUACAAUUACAUAUUGUACAAAGGCAAACACUGUGAACAAGGAAAACAGUUGUUUGCAAUAGUCUGUCACUGAAAGUGAAACGUCUUGGAGUAAAUUUAAUCAUAGGUUUUCAGAUGUUCCUCAAAAUGUUUAUAUAAGCAGUAGAGAAUUCUGAUUCCUGUUUUCAUCCUUGGAAGACAGCAAUACAUAUGACGUUUUGUCAACUCUUUACUUUUUUCCCCUCCACAACUGUCUAUAAUUGACCAAUUUAGGAGAUCAUGUGAACCACACUGGCCAAUCAUAUUAGGUAUUUAGAAAAGUACUAAUUAUAUACUGGAACACUAAGCUCUGUAUUAUGUACAUGUGUAAAUGUGUUUUCUAUAUAUUUACCUCUGUUCUAUCUUGUGAUUUUUUUUAAUCCUCUUUUUCACAGGAUCAGUGGAAAAGUUUGAAACAUAUUUUUUGUUUACAUCGAAUAAGUUGCUGCAGAGGUUACAGAAAGACAAAUAUACACUUUUUUGUUGUGCCAAGCCUAAAAAAAACAGUUGUUUUUGCUGUAGCUGUAGUUCUCCUAAUAAUUAGGAAAUUCCAGGUCAUUUGCAUUAUAUUUUAAUACAAGGAAACUUUAUGGGAUAUCAUGCAUUUCGGGGGUUUCA